AUGGCAGAAGCAGCCGGGCUGGUCGUCGGCGCUGUAAGCCUCGCGGGUCUCUUUACCAACUGUGUCGACUGUUUCGAGUACGUCCAAAUGGGCCGCAACUUCGGGAAGGAUUACCAACGGUCCCUCUUGAAGCUCGACGUCGUGAAGCUCCGCCUGUCCCGGUGGGCGGAGGCUGUAAAUAACUCCUCGAACAGCCGCCAGGCGGCCAUCGAUACUACGAGGAAAGCCCAGCAGGUCGGAGAGAUCUUGGGGGAAAUCAUCGAGUUGUUUGCCGAUGCAGAAAGAGUUUCGGCAAAAUACAAGGCCAAGGCUUCCGGUGACGAGCUAGCCGUGUACAACACUGAGAGCGAGCUUGAGCCCGACAUCCUCUCGGUGCACCGGAAGAUGCGAGCGUUGGCACUGAAGCGCCAAAAGCGAAGCAGCUUCGCACAGAAGGCCGCCUGGGCAUUGUACGAGGAGAAACAUUUCCGCAGGCUGAUUGAAGAUGUCACAACACUUGUUGAUGCCUUGUUGGAGCUCUUUCCAGCCACACAGGAGCGGCAGCGGCAGCUAAGUGCUGAAGAGGCCGAAGAAAUGAGGGAAGAGCGGCGGCUGGAUGCUUUGGAAGAUGCCACUGAGGGAGUCGAUCAGCUGCUUCGGAAUUCCGUGCAACACGCAAUUGCAAGCCAAAGUGGUCACACGUUCACUGAAAAUUUGGCCAUGGACAAUUCUCGGGUCAGGUAUGGGGAUGAACAUGCACCCGGAGUCCCUGGCGCUGGAGCUGGGCACAGAUAUGGGGGAAACACCGUACAGGGCAGCUCGAAAGUGCACUACGGGAAUCGAUUUGGGGGAAAGAGUGUGCUUGACGACUAA